AUGUCUGCCCCCAAUCCAGUUGGUGAGCCACCGGCUCCCAUGAAGGACCCCGCACCUCAAGCCGAAGAACAGACCAGAAACCAGAACCUCAGCGAUGCGACAAAGGACCCCCAGGCCGCACAGGAUGCCGCCGCAGCUCCGAAGGUGAAGAGCGAGAAGGAGUUGGAACGUGAGCGCAAGAAGGCCGAAAAGGCGAAGAAAUUCGCAGAGAAGCAGGCCAAGGCUGCCUCCGCCAAACCCGCUGCCCCCAAGGCUGAGAAGAAGGCUCCGAAGCCCGAGAAGGACAAGACUACCGAUGCCUACGAUCCCCGUGCUAUCGAGUCCGGCCGGUAUGAGUGGUGGGAGAGCCGUGAUCUUUUCAAGCCCGAGUUCGGCGCCGACGGCGGAGUCCUGCCGGCGGGUAACUUCGUCAUUCCUAUUCCUCCUCCCAACGUUACCGGCUCCCUACACAUGGGCCAUGCCCUCACAAACGCCUUGCAAGAUACUAUGAUCCGUUGGCAGCGGAUGAAGGGUAAGACGACGCUGUGGCUGCCGGGUAUGGACCACGCCGGUAUUUCGACCCAGAGUGUUGUUGAGAAGAUGUUGUGGAAGAAGGAACAGAAGACCCGUCACGACCUGGGCCGUGAGGAGUUUACGAAGCGCGUCUGGGACUGGAAGCACGAGUACCACGCGAACAUCAAGAAUGCUCUGCGCAGAGUCGGUGGUUCCUUCGACUGGAGCCGUGAGGCUUUCACCAUGGACGAGAAUCUGUCCGCAGCUGUCACCGAGACCUUCGUCCGCCUUCACGAAGAGGGUAUCAUCUACCGUGCCAACCGUCUGGUCAACUGGUGUGUUGCUUUGAACACCUCUCUGUCCAACCUGGAAGUCGAGAACAAGGAGGUCGAGGGCCGUACGCUCCUUGAUGUCCCCGGCUACGAGAGAAAAGUCGAGUUCGGUGUCUUGACUCACUUCUGCUACGAAAUUGAUGGCACCAAGGAGAGAAUUGAGAUCGCUACCACUCGUCCUGAGACCAUGAUCGGUGACACUGGUAUUGCUGUCCACCCUACCGACAAGCGCUACCAGCACUUGAUUGGCAAGCACGCCCGUCACCCCUUCGUCGACCGUCUCCUUCCCAUUGUUGCCGACGAGGAAGUUGACCCCGAGUUCGGUACUGGUGCCGUGAAAAUCACCCCCGCCCACGACUUCAACGAUUUCAACCGCGGGAAGGCCCACAACCUUAAAUUCAUCUCCGUCAUGAACGACGACGGUACCUACAAUAAUAAGGCCGGCAUCUUCGCUGGUAUGAAACGGUUCGACGCCCGUUACAAGGUCAUCGACCUCCUGAAGGAGCAGGGCUUGUACGUCAAGUGGGAGCACAAUCCCAUGAAGAUUCCCCGUUGUGCCAAGUCGAACGAUGUCAUCGAGCCUAUCCUGAAGCCGCAGUGGUGGAUGAAGAUGCAGAGCCUCGCAGAGCCGGCCAUCAAGGCCGUUGAGGAUGGCGACAUUGUCAUCCGCCCCGAAACUGCUGAGAAGAGCUACUUCCGCUGGAUGAGAAACAUCAACGACUGGUGUCUGUCGCGGCAACUUUGGUGGGGUCACCAGGCUCCGGCUUACCUUGUCCAGAUUGAGGGCCAGGAUGUUGAUGACAGCGAUGGUGAUUACUGGGUUACUGGCCGCUCUGAGGAGGAGGCUAAGCAGAAGGCCGCUGCCAAGUUCCCCGGAAAGAAGUUUACCCUUGCUCGCGAUCCUGACGUCCUUGACACCUGGUUCUCAUCUGGCUUGUGGCCUUUCUCUACCCUUGGCUGGCCUAAGCAGACUCACGACUUGGAGACCCUGUACCCCACCUCCGUUCUGGAGACCGGUUGGGAUAUCCUCUUCUUCUGGGUUGCCAGAAUGAUCAUGCUUGGUAUCAAGAUGACUGGCAAGGUUCCCUUCAAGGAGGUGUACUGCCACUCCCUGAUCAGAGAUUCGGAGGGCCGUAAGAUGUCCAAGUCUCUUGGUAACGUCGUUGACCCUCUUGAUGUUAUGGAGGGUAUCCAGCUCGAGAAGCUCCACGCCAAGCUUCUCACUGGUAACCUUGCCGAUAAGGAGGUUGCCACUGCCACCAAGUACCAGAAGAAGGCAUUCCCCAAGGGUAUUCCUGAAUGUGGUGCUGAUGCUCUGCGUUUUGCUCUCGUUGCUUACACCACUGGUGGUGGUGACAUUGCGUUCGACAUUCAGGUCAUCCACGGAUACCGUCGUUUCUGUAACAAAAUCUAUCAGGCCACCAAGUACGUGCUUGGCAAGCUGGGCGAGGACUUCAGACCUCAGGCUACUGUCGCAAAGACUGGCAGGGAAUCUCUCGCAGAGCGCUGGAUCUUGCACAAGUUCAACACCGCCGCCAAGGAGGUCGACCAGGCUCUCGAGCAGCGUGAGUUCAACGUCGCCGCCACCACCGCUUACCAGUACUGGUACAGCCAGCUGUGCGACGUCUUCAUCGAAAACUCCAAGUCCCUUUUGGCUCCUGAACUUCCCGCCGAGGUGCAGCAGUCGGCCAAGGAGACCCUCUACACCGCUCUCGAGGGUGCCCUGACCAUGAUCCACCCCAUCAUGCCCUUCGUCACCGAGAACCUCUGGCAGCGUCUCCCCCGCCGCCCCGGCGACCACACCAUCUCGAUUAUGAAGGCCCGCUUCCCCGAGUACAGACCCGAGUUCGACGACCCGGCCGCCGCCGCCGCCUACGAGCUCAUCCUGAACACCUCCAAGGCCAUCCGCUCCAUUCUCGCCCAGUACGAAGUCAAGACCAAGGGCGACAUCAUUGUCCAGACCUACGAUGCCACCAGCUACAAGACAAUCUCUGACGAACUCGCCAUUGUCAAGUCCCUUGGUGGUAAGAACCUAGGUGAACUGAGCGUCCGCGGUCCCGAGGACACCACUCGUCCCAGCGGCUGCGUUGUCUCUGCCGUUGGUGCUGAGGCUGCCGUCUACCUCCGUGUCUCCAAGGAGGUUGCUCUCGAGCAGGAGGAGAAGGCUAAGGCUAGCCUGGAGAAGUCGCGUGAUGCUGUGCGCCGCCAGCAGACCCUUGUCAACGGUGCUGGGUGGAAGGAGAAGGCGAAGCCUGAGGUGCGGGAGGCUGAGGAGAAGAAGCUGAAGGAUGCAGAGAGUGAGUCUGCGCGGUUGGAGGAGCAGAUUAAGGAGUUUGAGAGAUUGCGCUUGGAAUAG